AUGGGUCCGCUUGAAAUGUAAGUUUUCAUUAUCUUCAUCAAUUUCUAAGACCUUGCCUUCAAUAUCAUUGUUUGCAGACUGAAUCUCUCGUCAUGCUCGAAAAGAACAGCCGAAGUCUUGUGUCACAUAUCGAAAAGGAACUUUGCUUUGUUUUCCUCGGUGAACCUGUCCAAAUCAAGAAUAAGUGUGACUCUAUUCUUCGAAGGAAAACGCCCAGAUCUUCAACUGAAUUUCGCCAAUCACGACUUGUGUUUGUUGACACAUGUGCAAGAAACAAAGUCGAUUGGCGGAAAGGUAUUCAAAACGUGUCACGUGAAAAAUGCGAAGCACGAGAUCACCUUUAACGGCCGCGACUUUGUCGGUGGAUUCGUCAUCGUCAUUCAACAUCUGCUAGAACUGUUCCAUGUCCCGUUAAAGCUGGUCAUUGAGGCAAAUGUCAAGUACUUGGAGACGAUACUGGCCGUCAAGAAACUUCAGUACUGUUGGGACCUCGUUCUCGCGAGAAGUGCCCAUGGCUGGAGCUACUUCGACUGUGACAUGUUGGAACUGAUUUCGGAGAAGAUCACUGUCACUCACAACUUCGCCGUCAAAACUUCUAUGUCUGCUGUUCAUAUGAAACAGGUUUGAGUAAGAAUCUUUUCUAACCUUUCAACAAUGUCGACAACUUGCAGCUAUUCACGGCCCGAAACAUCUCACUAGUCGACGCGAAUUGGCUGAAUCGCUCGGAACUGACUCACAUGGCUUUGAACUGUCAUACUGUAAAAGUCACGGGACGACCUGUCAGUUGUCAUGAUAUCGAGAAGGCCGUGUAUUACUGGUUCCGACAUCCGAAGACGCCUCAUCUACGAAGAUUGGAGUUUCCAGUGGAGUAUCGGCAUUUUUGUGGAUUUGCCCCAUCGAAAGUGCCUACAAAGAAUUGGGAUCCGAAGAUGAGAUCGAAACACUGCUUGUGAGUCGGUUAUUGGGCGUUUAGCUUAGCAAUUAUCCAAUCAUCAUACAAAAUUUGAGCAGAACUUUUCUAAAAUUUCACAACCGUUGUAUAAGUGUGAUGUUUCUGCUAGAAAAUCAAUUGUUUUUUCAGUAAAUACGAAAACUGGCCACGUGGCGGAUACUACGACUGCUCAACAGCCCACGACUUUAUCAGAGCCGAUGGGUUGUUGGCGUCCGCUGUCCUGAUCUCGGAGGAACAUGUAGAACCGACUGUGGUCAUCCACGUAUGGCACGAUCGAUGGCCAACAGCUCCAGUGAUUGAGAAGAACAGAGAGAAAUUGAAGGAACUGUACAAGCAACUGCCAUUGAUCAAUCAGCAAUUCGGAGCCAGCCUCGAGAUAGAAGAAGAGUUGAUGAAUCCGGAACUCGACGACCAUGCGUUCAAGACGUACUUGCACACAGCGAUCACACUGCGAAACUCGACCAGAUACAGGAAAGAUAAAAUUGAUGAUUGGCUGGCAUUUCAUCAAGAGAUCUUAAGAAUUCGAGGGAAAAUCACUAAAUUACUGUGA